AAAAAAUAUCCAUCACAUGAUUUCAAAAUUUCUCUGAAUUUAAAUGAAAAAAUCAUUUGAACAAAAUGUCUAAAUUAAAAUCAGCAAAGAAAGGUGUGGAAAAGGUAAUACAUAGUACACCGUUACGAAUAUGGAUUGGUGCAGGUGUGGCACAACCCGGACCACCACUCGGACCACAACUUGGCCAGCGCGGAAUAAAUAUCGCUCAAUUUUGUAAAGAUUUUAAUGAAAGAACAAAAGAUGUCAAACCCGGUACGCCACUUCCAUGUACAAUCUCUGUCAAGGCGGACAGAAGUUAUGAUAUUCAAAUUCGAGUGCCGCCAAUUAGUUAUUUCAUACGUCAGGCGACCGGACAGGCACGAUUAGCAAUGGACCAAAGUCAAGAAACGGCCGGUAUCUUAAGUUUAAAACAUGUUUACGAGAUUGCUCAAGUGAAAAGUAAAGAUCCACUUUACGAUUGUGUGCCGUUGAAGAAAAUUUGUGAGGAAAUCAUCGAAGAAGCGUUUCAUUGUGGCGUCAAAGUGGUCGACAGAAUUGAUGAACAUAAAUACAUGGAUUUUAUGAAACAAAGACAGGAGAUUGUCGCCAAACAAUUGAAAGAAUUGGAAGAUUUAAAACAAUCGAAACUUUUACGUACUGCUUAAUAGCAGCAUUUUGUAGAUUAAAUUAGUGUAUUCCUUAAUUGAAAAUAAAUUUAUUGAUCUAUUUA